GCCACGGGGUGCUCCAGUCCCCAGAGCUGGCGUUCAGCCGCGCCGGCUCCAAGGCUGCAGCGGAGCAUGUGGUCAGCCGCGUCGGCUCCUUGGCCGCCACGGAGUUUGCGGUCAGCCGCGCCGGCUCCAAUGCCUCCGCGGCCGCGGAGGUGCAGGCGAAG